AUGAACUCCGGAUACCAUUACAACUACCCAGGAUACCGCUACAGCUCUGUUGUCAACCCAUUGUCACUUUCCUCUCCGACUCUGUUGAACCCGCCAGACGACCUUUUUUACGACUUCGAAUCAGAUGGGUACUACCAGGACUCCAAGAGAUCUGCCUUUCAGUUGUUGGAGGAUGCUCGAGAACAGUACGAGCACAAAAAGAUAUCACUAAGCAAGUACUUCGAUACCACUGUGGCGUUGCUCAAAACUCUGGAUACCUCAGUUCCGGUCUUCAGAAAAGCCGGGGCUAUUAUUAGAUAUCUACCCAUUGAUAUCCUCGACAAGGUACGGGACAACCAUGUCACUGCCCUCCUGCUCGAAAAGCUCAUCCACUACUUCUACCGUCUAGACUGGACUAAUUUACUGAAAGCGUUGGAACAGGACAGAGACACCUGGUUGUUCAAUGGUUCCGGUGACACCAAUAAAGAAAAAGAGAACGACAACUACUCGUACGCUGAGGCAGCCCUGCAACAGACUCGUGAUUAUGAAAAGAGAACACGGCCGGAACAAAGGACUUUCCUACAAGUGUGUGUCUCGAGCGGCACACCCACAUCCAAGACGCGAACACGUCGGUCGGCUGGAACACAAUCUCCGCCAUCCACUCCUGAAAAGCAAAUCCUUCCCAUCUGCCCUACAUUGGCUAACUUGAGAUAG